UCCUUCGCCCCGGCUUCGGUGUUCCCCCGCCGGCCGCUUUCACGUGUAUGUUGACAUGGUUGAUGCAUGCAUGCGUGCGUGCAGUGGACUGCUUGUAAGUAACAGUAGUUGUAGUGGUGCAGGUAGUAACAACGUGAUUUUCCGGUGGAUGUCGGAGGUCGUGGUGCUUCGGAACACGGUUCCAAUCAUUCCCAGCGCUCCAUAGUCUGCGGUAGGUUCCAAGCCACGAGGUGGCGAAGUGGAGCUGAGGUGAACAAUUGCUGCCAGUGCACUGCAGGCUUUCUUGUUAGUAUUCCCGCGGAGUUGUGUGGUUUCCGAAUCACCCGCUGUGACAGAUCCAGGACUAGAGCUAGAGCGCAGCCGUCAAAAUGUCGUAGCUGCAAAUGCUGCAUGCCCUGUUGUCAUUGCCAAACGCUUGUCAGCGUACUUGAUCUUGAGGUGACUAGCGCUAGUGGCAGCCCUGUCGGCAGUUCUUGAGCGCCCGCUAGGAACAUAAUGGUAGCGGUGUUCUGAGGAGUCCUGAGAUUUCGUUCUUUCGCCCAGCCGUAACCCCACAGUUACGGCCUGUAGAAUUAUUCCAGUUGAGAUCGCCCAGCGCUUCGAGUAACAUAGUCAUUGUUCUAGUGGCAAUAGUAGUGAACGGUGCCGUGUACGUGGUCUUCGCAUCCUGCCCUGAGGAAAAGGAAAGGAGUGGACGGAGUGGACAUUCUGGCACACGCUAGCUGCUGGGAACUGGAAACGAAUACCUAGGAGGUAAAGUGCAUAGAUGAGAGCAGAGGAAUUAUCACUUUGCUGAGCACCUACAGUCAUCACGUUGUACAGAAGCAUCACCUUAAGCUACUUUCACCGCCGGUCAUAGUGUUCUUACUUGGAUAGUGCCAGGAUAUCAACUUCACCAGACUUGUCCCAUCUAUCAUGCCAUUUCCCGUGGAUGGACAGUGUUGAUUCCUCGCUGUAGAUAACAUACACUAGCAGUGUUUGUUCACUUUUAGCAUAGUUGUUCCAAGCUGUGUCAAUUUACUAACUUUCAAGUAAGCGUGACGGUGAACAUUUUCAGUGGAUCUCCAUUGCUGGUUAGUGAAUCUCCGUUGCCAGUGAGUGGGUCGCCGUUGCUGGUGUGUGGGUAUGUUGCUAAGAGAAUCUCUGCAGUCCGAUCGUCCAGCACCGCAGCGUGGUGACAGUGACAGUGUGGCCACCAGGAACACAGUGAAGAUGUCAUCAGCAGCAGCCAUGAUGUCAUUAUCAACUACGAUGAUGUCACCGGUGAGCACUAACACAUCUACACUGGGCCACGCUUCAGACUCGGGAACCUCCGCUGCAACCAUCGGUAUCAUAGUGGGAAUCCUGGCUGUUCUCCUCGUCAUAAUCGUAGUCCUAGUAGUAAUAUUACUACGCAGACGUAACAAUGCUCGUAGUGACACUGCAGAUGCACGUCCCGUGGGCAGAAAGCAAAAGCCCGCGCAGCAGCAUGCGCUGCCGUUACCGCCGGCUGCGAUUGCCGAGAACGGACGACGCUUGGCUGCCGUGGAAACGCUACCCUACAUACCGCCGCAGCCGGUCCCUGUGAAUGGGGGUCGCCAUGGCAACAAGGACACGAUUGGCAGUCGGGAUACGUACGACGGUGCAUAUAACGGACGAUCAGCUGCUGACCAAGACCCGAGUUUGAUGUUGCGUCCGUCCAUCGAUCCUGUUCAGAACGAAGCCUAUGAGGAUGUCAUAGCCGUGUCUAUACCACACCGAGAGUACACCCCACUGAAUGAUUAUGAGAAUGUCAUCAUCAACAACAUGAAAACUCCGGCAUCACGCGAGCCGAGUCGCAAUUCCCAGUACUCCACGACCAGCGAGGAUGCUCAUUUGCUGGCGUCACGGCAACCAUCGGCACAGGCACCAGCACUGCAGACCAUACAGGGCAGUCUGAGCUCGGAGUCGAUGAGUUUGGUGGACGAGUCAGCGUACGCUUCUCCUGAAGAGCUCGUUGCUGUAAUUCGCAGGCAUGCUGCAGCGUAUGAGAACCUUGGGAUUUGUGCUGCUCCACUAAAACCUGCUCUGUCAGCAGCCCUGAGCGCACCAGGUCCCAAACCAAAGGUUCCGCCACGUCGACACAACAAACAACUCGAGGCAACGGCAUCUGAUGCCUCACACCUACCCAUGGUGGAUCGUAUCUAUGCCGACGAUUACUAUGACAAUAGUGAACUUCUACGAGCCGGUGUGACGACAGAGCCAACUGGAGCUGACGCAUCGCUUGAGGAUAGCUAUGAGUCAUCAAUGACAUCACCGCAUGCCUAUGAUGAUGUCAUACAUCAGUCUAGUAGGGACAGUGCUGGUGUGAUGCGAGGUCAGCUGAGUACAUCCGCACCCGUAGCCAGCGACUCAAUUGGUGUUAGCUCUACUGCCGGUGCUGCUCUGUACGAUAGUGGCAACGAGUGUCAUGAAGCCAUUGGUGCGCAGAACAGCACGGCUGGUCUCAUUCCGACGGGCAGAAACCAUGGUUACGAAGAGGUUGAGCUGCUCAAACCGUCAGCAAAGUCCACCGUGGCACCACACCAGACAUACGAACGGCUAACCAGCAAGCAAUAUAGAGAGAUACCAAGCUCUGAGAUUCACAAGGUCAACAUGGUUGGAAAAGGAUCGUUUGGUGAGGUUUGGCUGGGAAAAUGGAUCACACCUGAUGGUAAAUCAGUGGAUGUAGCCGUUAAGAGUCUGCAUAGCACGUGUGAUGCACUGUCCAAGGGCAAGCUGCUGGAAGAGGCCAACCUCCUGGGACGAUUUCAUCACCGUAACAUUGUCCAGCUGCAUGGCGUUACCCAGUCAUCUACAAACAACCAGCAACCUCAACUUGUACUACAGUGGGCUGAGCGUGGGUGCUUGUUGGCAUGGUUACGCACCACCAGCCAGACCUGGGUAUGUAUGCACAUGUACUUGUCAUGA